GAUGUCAUCUGACAUCUUAUCCGUUUCGGCGAAUUUCACCACUACAUCGGAAACUAUUUGUUUUACGUCGUAUUACGACGGUCAAAUCGACUUAAGCUGAACCGCCCGCCGCUCUGACACAGACAAAGCAAAAACAAAGCGUCAAAAAAUUCAUCCAUGCAGACUGAGAGUGCGCGUCGGUGAGCGGUUUUCAUUGUCUUGGAGGGUAGUUCAGUAAAGAAGAGCGUUAGAGGAUAAAAAAAAAAACUGCCAAAAACUUAAGCAGCCUCUCGCGACAAUGGCGGGUGGAAGCGGUUCAAUCUUAGAAAAUCUGUCUGGAAAAAAAUUGGCGGUUAUUGUGAGUAUUGUCCUCGUCGUUCAGGGGCUGUGCUUUCUACUCGGAGGUGUAAUCGCUCCUGCGCCAUCGAAUGCGGAUCAAGUGCUUGGCUCGAUAUGCGCCCAGGAAAACCCCACGGUUCCUGGAGACUUCAGCUGGCCAUGGGCUUUUCCCAGAGGAUCGAAAAGGCGUCCAGUCAACUGCAAUUUAAUCGAGAACCUUGCCUAUAUACACACAAAGGACCUCAACAUCACCGCUAAUCAUCUCGUGUUCUCGUUUCAAUUGCCUUUACCAAAAGAAAACAAAGACCUCGAUUAUUCGCGUUGGCAGCAGAACCUUAUCGGCGUUCUGCACAUGGAUAUCCUUCACGACCCCAAUAAUCCGCUUAAACAAGAUCCUGUAGUAACUAUGGACAUAAAGAUGGGUUAUCGUAAUAAACAUGAGAGCCCAGACACGUGGCACCUUUUAGCAAAUUCCACAGAGACCCGGACAUUAAAAUGUGAUAUUAAUUCAACUCACCAUCAUAUCGACCAGCUGCAUUAUGGCGGUUACAACUGUGACGUGAUGUCACUGUUCGAAUUGGGCUCACUGCACCACGACUAUUAUCUCAUCAACGUGAAAUUCCCGCUCAACGAAGAUCAGACUAUUAAUACCCAUAUUGGACAACUCAACGACGUUUGGCUUGUGGUGAUUCACCAGAAUGGCGGUUUUACUCAGGUGUUUCUGUCGUUGAAAACGGUGUUCUUGCCGAUUAUUCUCGCAACAAUGAUGUGGUACUGGAAACGCAUUCGCAUCAUGGACCGGCCGCCGCAUUUACUCGAGUGCUGCAUAUUGGCCCUCUCCGUAGCCAUGACGGCGAUUAAUCUUCCUAUCGAGUUUUUGACGCUUUCGUUCAACAUGCCGUAUAUGAUGCUGAUUUGUGACAUACGUCAGGGUAUCUUUUAUGCCAUGCUUUUCAGUUUUUGGCUGAUCUUCUGUGGAGAACAUCUCAUGGAGGACAAUGAUGACGUUGAACGUAACCGCCUGAGCGCCUAUUGGCAACAGCUUUUGUUCGUAUUCACUGGCUGUCUAUGCAUGCUCGUUUUCGACAUCUGCGAAAGAGGGGUGCAUCUGACAAAUCCAUUCUACUCCAUUUGGUCGACUCAGCUUGGCCACGAUUUGGCAACGGGCUUCCUCGCGCUGACGCUUGUUUGCGCCAUUUCCUAUUUUUGCUAUUUGUGUCGUCUGUUGUAUCGCGUCCGAUGUAACAUCUCCUCAAAACGUUCGGCCCUACCUGGUAUGAGUCAAACUCGGCGUCUCUUUUAUGAAGGGAUCAUCUACCGAUUCAAGUUCCUUCUGCUCGCCACGCUGGUAACCGCAGCACUGACAGUAGUAGCGCACUUCGUGUCGCAGUGGUCUGAAGGCCAGUGGAAGUUCGAUGAGGAGAUAUCAUUGGAGUUCACAUCAGCUUUCUUCACGGGUGUUCUGGGCUGCUGGAACGGCUACGUCUUUAUGUUGCUUGUUUUGUACGCGCCCAGCCACAAAUAUAAAAAUCAAAGUCAGGGUACCGAUCUCAAUAAUCUGACAGACGAAAACCAGGACAGCAUUGAAUUCUCCCGUCUCACCAAUUCUGAAGGUUGUGCCGAGGUGCCUGAAGCAUCAGGAGUCGCAGCCCUGGCCGAAUUCGCCAAAAAAAUCGCUGUAGAUUAAACGGUCUCAAUGUAGCAUGCUAC